CGUCAACUUCUCUAGUCCACAAACUUUUUUCAAUUGCUUAAUUUUUUGUUUUUGGCAUUGAAUUGCCAUUUCAACAUGAACGUCCCCACCUGUGGAGGUGUAGACUUCGCAAAUAUCUGGCUUAUUUGGAACUUGGUCCUUUUGAGCGCCACGGCCUCUAAAAAUUCGAAAUUGAACGUCUUAGCAAGGACCCAACAUGUGCAUUCAUUGCUGUCGACUGAGCCAGACGCCCUGUCCGACAAUCCCAUACAGCUGUCCCCAUUGUCCGGUACGCACCAUAUCUAGAUGUUGUCCCUUGGGUGGCUAUGCGAUGCCGGGCGGUAAACCAAAGUACGAGCAUCCCUGGAUAAGGGGUAAGGAUCCGAGGACAUUGCCAAAUCCCUGCGUCGUCGGACCACCCCGUUGGCUGGAAAUGAACCGAGAGGCUAUUUUCGCCAUGGCCGCCAAGUUGAAUCGUUCCCCGGAAGCUGCCCAUUAUUUGGUGAUCCAGUUACUCCACGCAAACUACGGGAAAGUAAUGACGAUAUCCCGAAAAAGGCGCACCUUUAAGGUACCCCUGGCUGGCUACCCAGAUCAGGAUUUCUUUACUGCUGGCAAUACGAUUUUUAAUAGGAGAGGUGAUGUCAUUGCUCCUUUGGCGCCAGAGACUCUGAGCAAACUGCUCCUGAUGAUGCAGGAUUACAUCUUUCGUUUGAGGCUACUAAACAGAAAGUACAAAUGGUAUGGGAAUGGUGAUGAUCACGGUAACAUUCUGUGCCUUUUGGGGGAGCAAGAUGAACUGGUGCGACUGCUGAAAGACCUAUUUGGAGGCAGUAGUGACAUUGUUUCCGUUACGGAUCUUCUCAAGGCCCUUAACGAACUGGACUUUCAAGAUCUGUUCACCAGGAAAAAAACAAAAGCAUCUCCCUGGCUGGUCAGAGACAUUUCCGAUUUAUAUUCGGAAGUGACGGCACCGGACGAAUCAUCGCCAAGUACAUCAAUGUUUGAUGGCGAUUCCAAACAAUUGCUUGACCCUAAACUCCCAUUCACAUAUUCAGACAGGGGGAAUCCCAGUAAGGAAUUUAGGUCACGCUUAUACAGAAAUAUGCGAAAUUCGAAGGAAUCUAGUACCCGAACAAGUAUGACCCCCAAAAAGCCACGCACGGGCAACUACUUGGCCAGCGAAAUACCACAACUCUUCUUUGCGCCCUUCGACUCCAGGAAUAGUGCAACCUGGAUGUCCCGACACCCGGACACCUUCAGGUUAGACCCUACCGGCAAAAUAUUAAAACGGCGGGUUAAGCAUUACAGGACCAGUGAUGAAAAUAAAAAGUUUAAGGCCAUGGCAGAUACCAUGUCCGUACACAGUGAAAAGUCGUACAAAUCAGCCGAUUUCCAGGAUAUGUUCGGUGCUGAUGUAUCCAGCAGGAGGAGUACCAGAAACACCAGAAGCAGCAUCAGAAAAAGAAAAAGUUCUGUGACCCUAUCAGGCCGAAAUUCAUUUGUGAGAAAAUCUUAAAAGGGGAAAUUUCAGAGGACUAACCAAAGGUAAAGACAACUGAUCCCAAGAUAAUAGAACCUUGGAACAGCAGUCAUUGUCUUUGGUUGUCUUUUGAAAAUAGUGUAUUCAUUCCCCAACGUCUAUAUGUAGAAAAACAAUGUGUAUCUGCGAUUCUGCGAUGUGUAUCUUCAGUCUUUAAGCUUUUAAUAAAUUAAGGAAACUGAUGUCCUUUUAAAUGUUCAAAAAAGUA